AUGCUUGCACCAAUCGCGUGGGGUCUGCCCAGUAGACAGCCCUACAAAAUUCUCCUCGCCCUCGCCGUCUUCCUCUCUCUCGCCCUCGUCCUCUUCCGGCUGCACGUCAGCAGCGCCGAGGACCUUCUCGCGACCGGCACCAGCCACGACUCGCCCGAAGCUCACGAGGUGUGCACCACGCACGGCUUCACCGUGUAUCCCGCCGCUGCCGCGGGCAGCGGCGGCGCGCGUCGCAAAAUCUACGACUUGACCAUGGUCAACACGGAGCUCGACUGGCUCGAGAUUCGUCUCGAUACGCUCUACGACGAGGUCGACCUCUUCAUCAUUGUCGAGUCCCCGAAAACCUUUCACGGCCAUGAUAAGCCGCUACUGGCUAAGCAGAGCUGGGACCGCUUCGCAAAGUACCACGACAAGAUGCUCCACCACGAGCUCGAGUUCCCAGGUGGCUUCCGCCCCCAGCGCACCUGGGACUUUGAGUACUUUCAGCGCGACGCCGCCUACGAGCAAGUCUUUCCUAAACUCCUCGGCACCGACCCCCGCGCCCCGCGCCUCGGUGACGUCCUGGUCGUCGCCGACGUCGACGAGAUUCCGCGUCCCGACACGCUGCGCGUCCUCCGCACCUGCAGCUUCCCGCGCCGCCUCACCCUUUACACGCGCUUCUUUUACUACUCGUUUCAGUUUCAAAGCAUCGGGCCCGAGUGGCACCAUCCGCAGGCGACCUACUAUGACGGACAGCGCACGCUUUCGCCUAAUAAUCUAAGGGGGGGCCGCGGCGGCAACUUUGUCUCCCGCUGGCUGGAAUCGGGUAAAUAUGCGGAUUCGGGAUGGCACUGUAGCAGCUGCUUUGACUCUAUUGAGCUGUAUCUGAAUAAAAUGGCAAGCUUCUCGCAUAAAUGGAUGAAUGGGGACAAAUUUCGAGAUCGUGACCGUAUCGCGGCUGCGGUCCGCGACGGACUCGACAUUUGGGGGCGCAAGAGAAACAAAUUUGAGAGGCUGCAGAACAAUACCGACUUGCCGCCGUUAGUCAGGGACGAUGAGCGAUUCCUAUAUCUCAAGGAUCGAAGCGGCAAGUCGGCUGGCAUGAAGGACUAUCCUUGA